AUGUUGUCGGCAAUAUCGUGGGUCCCGCGCGGCGCGGCGAAACCGUUCCCCAAAACAGCGGAGCUCGACGAGGAGGAGGUCGCAGAGGUGCGCCGCCGCGCAGAGGGCGCCGCCGCCGCCGCUGCCGCCGUAGCUGGAGGCGACGCCGACGCUGAGGACGGCGAAGAGAGGGACGCGGAGAAUGACGAAGACGCGACAAUGGAAGAGGAGGAGGAAGAGGAAGAGGGGAGUGAGGAGGAAGGGGAGGCGGACGGAGAGGAGGCAGCGGCAGCGGCAGCGGCGUUGGCGGCGGAGAUCCGGAAGGCGAAGAAGGGCCAAUCGGCGGAUGACAGGCUGGCAGACGAGCUUGCUGAGCUGGACAUGGACCACUACGACGACGAGGCCGACGCGGCGCCGAACCUGUUCGGCACGGGGAAGGGCAUCGGCGCGGCGUAUUACCGAAGCAACGACGAGGAUCCGUACCUGACCAAAGCGGAAGGUGCGGAGGACGAGGACGACGAGGACGAGAUCGAAGAUCUCACCAUACGCGAUACAGACUUGCUCAUUCUCGCGGCGCGGAACGAGGAUGACGUCAGCUUCAUCGAGGUGUGGGUGUGCGAGGAGCAGCAGAGGCAGGAGGGGGAGGAUGGCGAUGACGUGGCACAAAACGACAAGGAGCUCAACAUGUAUGUGCACCACGAUAUCAUGCUCCCCGCCUUCCCGCUCGCUCUCGCCUGGAUGGAUUUCAACCCCUCCGCCGCUGCCGCGGCCGCCGCAGCCGGGUCUUCCGCCGCCGCGAUUGCCGCCGCGGGCGCCGGUGCGAGCGUCCUGGCGCCAGGAAACUUCGUGGCAGUUGCGACGAUGGACCCUGCUAUCGAAAUCUGGGAUUUAGACGUUCUAGACGAGGUCGAACCCGCCGCGUCCUUAGGAGGCUUCGUGACUACAGCGGGCGGCGCGGGCGCUGAUGGGGAAGAGGACGACGAAGAGGAGUGGGAGGAGGUGGAGGAGGAGGAGGAGAUGGAAGUGGGCGGCGGGGGUUCAGGGCCUAAGAAGGGUUCAAAGGGCAAGAAAGGGAAAAAGGACAAGGGCGGAAAGAAAGGAAAGAAGGGCAGAGAGAGGGAGCCGGAAAAGCGCGGAAGCAGCAACAAGGGGAAAAGUCAGGGAAAAACAUCAGCAGCAGCCGCAGUUCUGAAGGAGGGGAGUCAUAAGGGGGCGGUGAUGGCUCUGUCGUGGAACCGCGAGUACCGGAGUGUGCUGGCGAGUGGAGGCGAGGACAGGCGGGUGAAGGUGUGGGACAUGGCGGCUCAGCGCUGCGAUCGAACGCUCAAGCCGCACACCGGCAAGGUGCAGGCGGUGGCGUGGGCGCCUCUCCACGCCACGAGUCUACUGUCUGGGUCGUUUGACCGCUCUCUCGCCCUGGUGAGUAAAGGUGUGGGACUGAAGCCGCACACCGGCAAGAGAUGGCAGCUCAAGCCACACACGGGAAAGGUGCAGGCCGUGGCCUGGGCGCUCCUGCAUGCUGCCGUGGCCUGGGCGCUCCUGCAUGCUGCCGUGGCCUGGGCGCUCCUGCAUGCUGCCGUGGCCUGGGCGCUCCUGCAUGCUGCCGUGGCCUGGGCGCUCCUGCAUGCUGCCGUGGCCUGGGCGCUCCUGCAUGCUGCCGUGGCCUGGGCGCUCCUGCAUGCUGCCGUGGCCUGGGCGCUCCUGCAUGCUGCCGUGGCCUGGGCGCUCCUGCAUGCUGCCGUGGCCUGGGCGCUCCUGCAUGCUGCCGUGGCCUGGGCGCUCCUGCAUGCUGCCGUGGCCUGGGCGCUCCUGCAUGCUGCCGUGGCCUGGGCGCUCCUGCAUGCUGCCGUGGCCUGGGCGCUCCUGCAUGCUGCCAGCCUUCUGUCUGGGUCGGGUCCUUUGACCGCUCCCUUGCUCUGGUGGGUGGGCGCUCUCAUCUGCAGACGAGCCAAGGCGGACGUCCGUUCGCCCGAUGCUACAGCGCUGCGGUGUGGCGUCUCUGCAAGCUUAUCACCCCCUCCCUCUCCCCCUCUCCCCCUCUCCCCCGCUCCUCCUCUCUCCCAGACCGAUGUCCGGUCGCCCGAUGCUACAGUGCUGCGGUGGGGCAUCUCUGCUGACGUGGAGGCUCUUGCGUGGGACCCUCACGACAGCACGCGCUUCGUCGUCUCUUCUGAGGACGGGCUCAUCUGCUGCCACGACACGCGGGCAGGCAGCAGCAACGCCACCGCCGCCCCAAUCGCCAGCUCGGCGUCGGCACUUUCGUCUUUUCCGAACGCUCUCUUCACAAUCCAUGCGCACACCAAGGCGGCAUGCACUGUGUCUUGGAACCCUAGAAUCCCGAACCUACUUGCGUCAGGUUCGACUGACAAGACUGUGAAGCUGUGGGACCUAUCAGGGAACCAGGCUCGGUGCUUGGAGUCGUCAAACCCGAAGUUGGGAGCGGUUUUCUCAGUGGCGUUUUGUGCGGAUGCGCCUGGUUUCCUGGCAAUGGGUGGAUCGAAAGGGAAGCUCAAGGUGUGGGAUACCCGAAAGGUUGCUGAUGUGGGACAGAGGUUUAGAGUGGACGCCAAGGCGGUAUCGGCGUGGCAGUGGUGGCAGAUCGCCACGCUAUACACCAUGAAGCGGGGCAGCCAGACGGUGUCCGUCUCGUCGCAGGUCCAGUUCCGCAAGCGAGUAUUCGACAAGUAUUCACUUGGAAAAGUGAUCAAAGAGGACUUGGGGGGCGUCUGGCAAAUAAUCGACCAACAGCUGCGCACCCGGGCCCUUCCCAUCGACAGCUCAGCGCAGUACCUCGUGCUGACGAGUGCUGACGUGGCGCUGGGCGACCGGGAAAAAGGGUUCUGUGGGCGGUCAGGGUACUGCGGAUUCCACUCGUUCGCCACGGACGGCGUGAGCUACAUCAAAUACGGCUUCGUGGGCAACGGCGAGAAGUGCGGCACGCGGUGCAUGCGCACAGGGGGCAGCAAAAGAACGCCCAAUGGCAAGCGGGGAGUGGAUGGGAUGAUAAGCAUCGUGGCUCACGAGGUGGUGGAGACGGCCAACAACCCGCGCAUCGAGGGCGGGUGGUACGACGCACUGGGAGCGGAGAGCAGCGACAAGUGCAUGACUGAUUUCGGGCCCUCGGUGGCUGUAGGGGGGAAUGGGUACAGCUACAACAUGGUGGGGCAGGGCGGCAUGCAGUGGCUGGUAGAAAGUAACUGGCGACCCACUGAGCCGCAGGGGUGUGCCAUGACGCGGUACUGA